CUUUGUAGUCGUAGGUGAGCUCUCUAUAUAAGCCAGGUAUAAAGCAAAACAUCACUAUAAUUCAACAUUCCACACGGUGCUCUAGUUUUCCGAGUACUCUCAAACAGUAUGAACAGAGUAGUGCGACAGUUAACUCUCGCUCUAAUGGUGAGCAUAGGAAUCGUGCAAUGUGAACCUACAUUGAACACGCAAUAUGGUGUCCCAGGAAAUUAUGCUGGUAAUAACCAUGGAGCAUCAAAUGGAAAUAGUUUUGGUAAUCAUCAUUACGAUAAUGGAAAUGAUAAUGAUUAUGUCGAUCAGCCAAUGUCUUAUGAAUUUGGAUAUGCCGUAAAGGAUCAAGCAACCGGAAAUGACUUUGGUAGACGCGAAACAAGCGAUGGUGAAACUGUAAGAGGAGAAUAUAGAGUUCAAUUACCGGAUGGUAGGACACAAAUAGUAACUUACACUGCUGAUUGGAGGACAGGUUUCCACGCAGAUGUAAGAUAUGAGGGUAUUCCAACUUAUCCUGAUCAAUUCAAUAAUCAGAACAAUGGUUAUAAUAAUAAUAAUAAUCAAGGUAGUAGUCAAGAUUUUGGUUUCCAUGGUAAUAAUGCUAGUGGAAGUUAUAAUACAGGUAGUUUAGGAAACAAUGGAUAUAAUUACCAACCAUCUAGUGGAAGUGGAUUCAAUAAUGGUAAUAAUUAUCCAUACCAAUUUGUUUCCAAUCAAAUUUCCAAUUCAUUAGACAAUAGUUAUAAUAACUUUGGAAUUCGCAAUAAUUAUAACACACGAAUUCCAUCAUCAACAUAUGGACCAGCUUUUAAGUGAUUUUACAAUUCCUAUUAUUAGCAUAAGAAAUGUUCUGUAAGAUUAGUUCUUUUGUAAUAAAAACAAUUUUAUCUUUUUAUAUUAAUAUAUA